UGUGUUUAGCGCCUAAAUGAGUCAGUCGACGUUUGCACGUCGGAAGAGAAAAUUCAGCAUUGUAUUUUCCGCAUUCACCCCAAAGAGUGCUAAAGACAAAUUUGUUUACGCAGCGACGAGCCGAAAAUUAAGUGAAGCAAAAUAGUUUUUAUAUUCUGUUUGGAAUUUGUGGAAUUUUUAUAUCUUGUGUUGCGCGCGAAACGAAAAACAUACAUAGAGAUCGUGUAGAUCGGGCAACGGACUCGUAAACAUGCAAGAAUUAAUUACUAUACCCAAUUUGCCAGCAGGCACACAAAAGAAACUCAGAAGCAUUGUGGACGACAUUAACAACAUAUCGCAAUCGGUAUUAGCCGAAACUAAUGAUACCAAUCGCAAGGACCUCGAAUGUCAAAUUCAGACGAAAUUGGAAGAUCACACACCCUAUCCAGGCAUAUCACGUUUGACGCCAUCGCUGUAUCUUUGUGGGGCUGCAGCUGUGGUUCCUGCGCAUCUGGACAAGCUAGGCGUAAGCUGUGUGGUUAAUGUGGCACCCGAACUACCGGAUACGCCGCUGUCCAGCGUUACCAAUCCAUUAUACCUACGGAUAAAUGCACAAGAUCGUGCCGGAGUUAAUUUGGCAGCACAUUUCGAGGAGGUCGCCGAUCUGAUCGAAGAGGUGCGCCUCAGUGGUGGCUGCUCCUUGGUGCACUGUGUCGCUGGUGUUAGUCGCUCGGCCUCGCUGUGCUUGGCCUAUUUGAUAAAGUACGGCGGAAUGAGUCUCCGCGAAGCGUAUACGCAUGUGCAGUCGCGAAGGCCCCAAGUGCGACCCAAUUCCGGCUUCUUUCAGCAGCUGCGGCAAUAUGAACAGGACUUGCGAGGCAGCUGCUCUGUUGAGAUGAUUUACUUUGCAUCCUUGGACAAGGAAAUUCCCGAUAUACUAGAGCCCGAAUAUCGAGCCAUGGAGGAUUUCUACCAAAGAUAUCGCACUUCGCUAAAAAAGCGUUAAGUUCAGUUUUAAUGAGUCCACUUUCCCUCGUGUUAAUCGUCUAUGUGAUAUGUGUGGUAGUUUUUGUAUAUAAUUUAUUUUUAGAAAAUUUAGUUGUAGAUCCUAACUAUUUGUAUGUAUUAUGUAUUGUGCUA